CAUGAACUCCUCGCACCCUUUGCUUAUGCUCGUAAUACAAUUAAUCCGGCUGACAUAGGCAGAAAGAGGUGGUAUGAUCAAUCACCAGCACCUGGCACUCCAGCAUUCAUCCCUCGACCAUGAUUCGGGGAUUUUGAGAGGACACCUCUAACGAGUGCUUCGACAUGUCUAUCAAGAAAAUGUCGGGUGGACGGUAUUCAGCCAAGAGGCGGAAGCUCAGCCACGAUUCGCAAGCAGACGAUAUUGAUCUUUCCGAAGCUUCUUCCAACUCUGAUGACGGCAACGAUGUUCCGGACACUCUUCCAAGAAAUAGUCUUGCUUCGAAGAGACCACCCCCGAAAUCAGCUUCGAAGCCUCCUCAGACUUCUGCGUUGAAGCCUUCUGUGCUCCCGACUGGGGGCAUCAACAAAUCAACUAUUCUCGGACUCCAAGUCGCUGAUCUGGACGCCGAGGUGACGCCAAAUUAUGACAAACUGCGGUCCAAAUGGAUCACUCUCUCGAACAAGCUGGUCUCGCUCAUCAAAGACAUACAAGAAAUUCCGCCGGUCACUGCUACAGAUGCUGUAAAGUUGCUUCGCAAUCAAGGAAUAAAGAUUCCAUUUCCGCAGCCACAGCCAUCAAAAGAUACAAACUACAAGCUCGGCUUUGUAGCUCCGAAGCAAGUUGUGGUCGGUGGCGCUCUGCCAUUGAAUCUGAGUCUGAAGGAUGAGAACACCAUAGAGAUCACAGCUAUCAUGCCUGAUGGCAUCUUGCAGGAGAAAGACUAUCUCAACAACAGGGCAUGCCACAAGGCUGCAUUUUACCUCGCUUGCAUUGCUUCAGCAGUCAAGAACAAUGAAGAAGUUGACUUCAGUGUCUCCUUUGCACAUAAGCACGAUGUCGAUCUGUUGCCGGUUAUUGAACUCGUUGCUAGGGACACGGAAUUGUCGAAGUUCAAGUUCCAGGUUGCUGUGGGUUUCCUCAAUCACUCGAUACCCAUAGCAAAGACGUUACCUUUGAAGAAUUGUCUCAGGCAAGGUCUAUUGGGCGAUAAAGAGCAAAGUGGCCAAUCAUCUCCAUUUUACAACAGUGCCAUCCGGUACGCGGCAUCUAUUCCAGCCUUUGACCAACUAAUCCGUUCAACAAGGAGCUCGUCCUUUGAUGAAGCAUGCCGGGUCGGCCAACUCUGGCUUCAACAACGAGGCUUUUCCAGUUCCACUCGGUCGGGAGGGUUCGGAUUUUUGGAAUGGACAAUAGUAUGCGCACUGUUAACGCGUACAGGUGGUCACCGUGGCCAUCCAUUGUUCUCCAAGCAGUACAGCAGCAUACAAUUUUUCAAAGCCAUGCUCCAAAUCCUGGGUGGAAGGGAUCUGCAGGAACCGAUGCUCCUCAACAACGCCAAUUUCGACCUCCCCAGCUCGGAUGUGCCGGUCCUCUACGAUGGGGAGACGGGUGUCAACAUCCUCUACAAGAUGUCUCCUUGGUCCUAUGACUCCCUGCGUCACCACGCUCAAGUCACUUUGGUGGCGCUCAAUUCUCGCAACCAGGAUGGUUUUGACGCAACGUUUGUGCUGAGUGUCGCAGUACCGUUAUUGCAGUGCGAUGAGAUAUACUCUGUCAGAGUGUCUCGGGAUAACCUCAGGACUCCUGCAGAUGAGCGACGAUUUGUCCAAAGACUGCACAAGGUCCUGAAACAGGGAUUGGGCGACAGAGUCACAUUGAUCGACUUCAAGCUGCCCCAAGAGUCAGGCUGGGCGCUCAACAAGGACCCAUCUCACCGAAAAGGAGAUUACGAGUUGCAAGUUGCGCUGCUCGCCAAUCCAGAGAAUGUCAACCGCCUUGUCGAUCACGGCCCAUCCGCAGAUGAACAGGAAGAAGCUGCCGAAUUUCGGGAGUUCUGGGGCGAAAAGGCAGAGUUGCGCCGAUUCAAGGAUGGCAGCAUAUCUGAGAGUCUAGUGUGGCGAGGAGACCGGCCGGUGACGCUUCAAAUCAUCUCUCACCUUGCAGCUCUGCAUCUCAAACUGCCGCCGAGUUCGAUUGAACUAAGAACCCAGAAUCUAGAGAUCAGCAUCCUAGGGGACAGCAACUACGCAUCAGGGUUGACGCCGAAGGACGCUUUCCGCGUUAUCAAUUCAACGUUCCAGUCCUUGACGUCCAGUCUGCACAAUCUCGAAGGUCUGCCUCUGCCGAUCCGCUCAAUUUCCCCUGCGGAUCCUGCCUUACGUUCGAGCUCCACACUCCACCCAUUACUCUCAUCAACUUCAGCUCCAAUUGAUAUCACCAUCCAGUUUGACUCGUCCACAAGAUGGCCAGACUCCCUCCCAGCCAUCCAACAUACUAAAAUCGCAUUCCUCCUCAAACUUUCCGAGCUGCUGGACUCAAACGAUCCAAGUCUCACCACACGUGUAGGAAUUGAGAACACAGAGUCGGCCAGCACGGGCUACUUCAAUACCUCGUUCCUUGACAUUAUCUAUCCUUCUCCAGCUCCGGGCAUUAGUCCAACCUGUUUCCGUGCCCGCAUCUACCAUGACCGGGAAGCUCACCUCAUUCAGACCGCUCUGGCGGAUAAAUCCCUGCAUGGCGCCCUCAGAGAUUCUCUCGCGAUCGCACUGGCCACGUACAAGCGCGACUUUCAGGCAAAACCGAUCCAUACGACCACGAUCCGCAACCUAAUCACUCGGUUCCCACCAUUGUCAAGUACAAUCCGCCUGUUGAAGAGAUGGGUGUCAUCCCACCUCCUCCUUGACGAACAUAUCCCUGAGGAAAUUCUUGAACUCGUCGCAGCACAUGUUUUCCUCCAGCCUGCACCGUGGAGCGCACCCGGCUCUGCAACGACAGCAUUUUUGCGGUGCCUUCAUUUCCUCUCGAGAUGGGACUGGGCCUAUUCACCGUUAAUCAUCGAUCUGAGUGUGUCGCAGGACUCCUUGACCGCCGAGCACCUUACGGAAAUCCAGAACCGUUUCGAGGCGUGGAGGAAGUUAGACCCGCAGAUGAACAAUGUGGUUUGGUUCGUGGGUACGAACAUCGACACGACCGGGACCGUGUGGACUGUCAACGGCCGCCCUCCGCGCGUUGUUGCGGGUCGACUGACCGCGCUGGCACGUGCAGCGAUUGAGCUGGUCGAGAGCAAAGGUACCAGCAUGACGGAGGACGAGUGGAAAGGACUCUUCGAGAGCCCGCUGGGAGAUUAUGACUUUGUGAUCCACUUGAAACACUCCGUCGUGCGUGGUGGUGGACUUAAGGGCAAAGGGUUGAAGGCCAGCUCCAAAGCCAAGGGCGGAGUGGACGGUGGAGCGCUGGAGUUCAAGAACCUGCAGAUCGCCGAGAGUCUGGACGUCGACUCGAUCGGUUACGACCCCGUCGAGCUGUAUCUGCGUGACCUACACCACGCGUUCGGGUCGGCGGCUCUGUUCUUCCACGAUCGCUAUGGCGGACAGGUCAUUGCGGGAUUGUGGAAGCCGACUGUCUUGGGGCGGAAGGAGUGGCGCGUGAGAUUGGGCUGGUCGAGUGUGCCCGUCAAAUCCGAGGGAGAGGCCGAACAAGGAAAGGACAUGUGUGUGUUCAACAGGGAUGGAGUGCUUGCGGAGAUGGCAAGGUUGGGAGAGGGGCUCGUUCGGGAGAUCAAGGUCAAGGAGUGACAGAAACGAAACGGGCAGCUAGCGUGUAGAUGUGUACAUUGGGUAUCAUUGUUAACAAGAAUGAAAGCCUCAAGGCCAAUCUAUAUCUGCAGCUUUCCACC